UUCUUCCGUGGCUUCAAUCUCUCUCUCUCUCUCUUUUUCGAAUUCUCCAUCUGGGUCGCUCUGAUUUUCUCGGAAAAUCUAUAUUUUCCGAGAAAGUUCACAUUUUUACCGCAAAAUCGAAAAUCCCCAAGUAGCAUCCACCAAAAGUCUAAGCUGUUAUUGUUGUAGGCUUCUGGGGUUGGUCUCUGUGAAGCUUAGGGUGUUUUCUGUGGCAGUACUGGUUUGGAUUUUGCUUCAAUGGAGAUGCAGGACCAAGUAGAAGGCACAGGGUCAACCAUAGUUGGUACAGCUAGUAACUGCCAUUCCAAUGGUGGAACACAAUCUGAAAAUGUUGCACAAUUGCAGGAUAUACCUUCUGUUGGAAACAGACAUACUCCCAAGGUGAGGAAGCCAUAUACCAUUACUAAACAAAGGGAGAAGUGGACUGAGGAAGAGCAUCAAAAGUUCCUUGAAGCUUUGAAAUUGUAUGGACGUGGCUGGCGUCAAAUCGAAGAGCAUAUAGGUACCAAAACUGCAGUUCAGAUUCGAAGCCAUGCUCAAAAGUUUUUCUCUAAGGUUGUGCGGGAAUCUGAUGGCAGUGUUGAAAGUUCUAUACAGCCAAUGGACAUACCUCCUCCUCGGCCGAAGAGGAAACCUCUUCAUCCAUAUCCCCGUAAAUCAGUUGACUCUUUGAAAGGACACUCCACACCAAAUGAACCAGAAAUAUCUCCAUCUACAAACCAGUUUGUUGCAGAGAAAGACACCCAGUCUCCAACCUCAGUGCUAUCUGCAAUAGGUUCGGAAGCAUAUGGGUCUGCAAAUUCGGAGCAAACUAACAGAUGCCUUUCACCAAAUUCUUGCACCACUGAUUGCAUGACAUCCAAACCAUCUGAGGAGGAAGAGAAGGGAUCUCUAGCUUCAGUCCCUUUAUCCGCAGGUUCAAACCCAAGCAUGUGCAUGAAGUCCGAGUUUAGUUCCAAGCAAACUGAAUGUUUCAAAGAAGAUGCUGCCAACAUGCCUCACAUAAAUAGUAUUAAGCUUUUUGGGAGAACUGUCUCUAUGGUAGGUAAUCAGAAGUCACUGAAGAUAGAUGAUGAGAAUAUUAAGCCAAAAACUAUGAAGUCUGAUGAAGUGGAUGUUGUUGAGAAUGAAAAGCUUGGCCAAGCAGGGGCAUCUGAGAAACUAGAAACACAAUUAUCACUGGGAAUGUGUAGUGAUAACUGGCAUAUAACACCUGAUGGAGCUAAAAUGACCAGCAGGGAACACCCGAAAGAGAACAUGUGCUUCAGUGAAUGUGCAACUGAAGCAUCUCAGCCAUGGUGGAGUUUGUACCAAGGCCUUCCAGCUUUCUACCUCGGGCCAUGUAAUCAAAUCCUGAAUCCCAUGCCUCUUUGUCCCUCUUUGAAUGUAAGAACAAGAGAGGAGGAAAGUUCUUGCACUAAUUCUAAUACUGAAUCAGUUUGUGAUAUGGUAAAUCCAAGCAAGAACUCAGAUGCUGUUGAUUCUAAAUGUCAAAAAUAUCAUGAGGAAGGAAUAGCCCCCCAGAAGCCUGCAAGGGGAUUUGUACCAUAUAAAAGGUGUUUAACUGAAAGAGAUGCAAAUUCUUUAAUUGUUGCCUUUGCCUUGGAUGAGAGGGAGGGGCAAAGAGCUCGUUUGUGCUCAUAGCCUUCCAUUGCAUUUAGAUUAUUCAUGGUGUUAGUCAGAAAAAUAAAAUUAAAAAAAAUAAAAUAAGGAAGUGAUUUAGGUAGCUCUGAGGUCUAAUUGUCUAAUUGACAAGAAUCUGAUUUCCCAUUUUUUUUCCAAUAUCUUCACCCGAUCCUCCUUUCUUCUUUCUUCCACGGGAAAACACUGUAUGAUCAAUAAUUCAAGAGGGGGCUGGCGGCAUUGUUUUGGCAUAUUUGUAUUUCCUUAUAGUUUGCAUGGUUACAUCAGUGAUGGAGGUAUUUAAAGGAAGCGUGAGCACGCACAGCAUGUCACUAAAUUUGUUCUUCUGUGAUCUGUUGUUGGUUGUAGAGAUCAAAUGGCAUGCCAAUGUAUUAAUCUCAAGAGCGCCAUGUGCCGGUAGCUAUAUUAGCAAUUUGUAUAUGUGGUUUUAUGUGCCCUCUAUCAAAUUAUUGAAUGUACUGUAUUUCCACGC